UAGGGUUUCCCUCUCCUCCUCCCCUCUCUCCCCGUCCGGCAACGCAGCCUCACCGUUCAGGCGGCGGCGAAGGCCGCGUCGACCCCGCGCAGCGCAGGCGCCAUGGCCGCCCCGGAGGCACCCUCCUGCUACGUUGGGAUCGCGCGGCAGUCCGCCGCCUUCCGCCUCAUGAAGCAAAUGGGGUGGGAAGAAGGUGAAGGCCUUGGUAAAGAUAAGCAAGGCAUUAAGGGGCAUGUUAGAGUGAAAAACAAGCAGGACACUCUUGGUGUUGGUGUAGACAGUCCUCAUAACAAAUGGGUAUAUGACACCACCCAAUUUGACAAUAUACUAAAGAAACUGAAAGUGCAAUCCGCUACUCCUGCUAUAAAAGAAUUUGAAGAUGAUGUAAGCAAUUCACCAGAUAGUACACCAAAGGAAGCUAAACCAACAAACAAUGAAGUUACCAAAGUUACCCGACCCCAAGGAAGAUAUAAGAAAAGAGAGAGGGGGAAAAGUGUGAGCGGUUAUUCAGCAAAAGAUCUUGAAGGCAUACUUGUUCGCAAAAGUGAUGACAAUUGCAAAGUGGACCAGGAAGUUGAACCAACAUGCUGUGAUGAACCUGAUCCCAUCAUCUGUCAAGAUACAGUAUCGCAAGCUGAUGAUGUGAACUGGUGGGGGCAUAAAUUUGGAUUCAAGUCAGGCGGCUUUCUAGGAGCAAAAUCGCGCAAGAACAAAUCUUCUGCUACAAAAGGUACUUCAAAUGUCCGCCAGACAUUUGGGGAAGAAGACCAAGAAAACCUAUACAAUCUUGUUCAGGACAAAGCCACAUCUGGAAAGCAGGGUCUUGGCAUUAAGGGUCUGCCAAUUAAAGUUGCCGGACACCGUUGGAAAGGGAACAAAACUUCUUUUGGUGAUAGCGAUGAGGAAAAUUCAACCCAAUCCAAUGAAUUAUCAGAGUUGGAAGAAGAUGGUGAUGAGGAAGAAUCUGCUAACGAUAAUGAACUAAUAGACGCCAAUGUGAAUACUGUGAAAGAAAUGUGCGUGGAUGUUAAACAAAAACAUAAAACCAAGGUCAAGAAACUUUGCAAAACAAUUCUUCGUCAGGCCCCAGCACAAUCUAUGAAAUUGAAGGAACUUAAGGUAGCUGUUGAAGCACAUUCAGAGUCUAUGUUCUCCAACUUCUCUUGUAGGCGUGAAGCUCUAUUGUUCUUAAAGAGGAAGCUCCAAGGAAGCAGAAAAUUCAAUAUUGAUGGCAAACGGGUUCAGCUUGUAUCGUAAAUUACGAAGCCGUUCGGGUGUGACAUGAAGCCAUUGUGGUCAUAUUAGGCUAUUCGUGCUUCUGAUGAGUGUACGAAAGUACGGAGCACAGUAUGCUCUGCGGUAUAGAUGUAAGAAGUAAUACCCCUCACGCAUGGGGGGUCAAAUUUUGCAAAACUUACGAACGGCUGAGAUGCUAAUUGUGUGUACACUGUUGAGCACAUUUGAUUUUCAUCGUUCAUUUCCCUACAGCAAAUGUUUGGCAGCCGGUUCUGAAUACCAAUGCACGUCAAUAUUGUACCUUAGCUGGUGUAUUAGCUGGUGUAUCUUCAAUUAUUAUACUUCUGUUUGGAGCGUGUGGUAUAUGAUUGGAGCUAGUUUGUGCCAACGUUCA